UAACAUCUACACAUCGGAUACUGACUGGCCUCGCACCGUUUGUGUGUGACACGAAUCGCAAAUUUUUGCCUAGUUUCGUGUGUUUUGUACCCGAAACCCGAGCCAUUAAAAAUGAGUUCUUACGUCGUACCUCGGAACUUCCGACUACUUGAAGAGUUGGAAGAAGGCCAGAAGGGAGGUGACGGCACAGUGAGUUGGGGACUUGAAGACGAUGAUGAUUCAUCGCUGACAUUCUGGACUGGAAUGAUUGUCGGCCCUUCAAGGUGUACCUGUGAAGGUCGUAUCUUCAAUUUGAAAGUAAACUGCGGAGCUUCGUAUCCCGACCAUCCCCCAACUGUACGGUUUGUCACAAAAGUAAACUUGCCUGUGGUUAGUCCUUCUGGAACGGUGGAUAAGUUACCCAUCCUGCAACGGUGGCAGCGCAGCUACACCAUCAAGGCAAUACUAAUAGCCCUCCGUCAAUCCAUGACACAAAAAGAAAAUAUGAAGCUACCCCAGCCCCCCGAAGGUACUACAUAUUGAUCCCUCCGCUCUCCCCUUCUCUCCCGGUCGAUAUAUCUUUCAUCCAUUGGCAGCUCCAGGUUUGUGGUAAACAGGGUCGGUAACACUAACACCAUCUCCCCUGGUUAUUCAUAUAGUGUAUACUAUAAACUAUAAACCACGUAGGUACUCUUAUUAUCCGUAAGCCUUUUUGAUUUAGACACCCCUAUUGCAGUUUCGUUCCCCAAGACAUACACAUACUUCCUACUAUAAGCCUGGAUGAUUAGUGCGACUAGCGUCAAAGUCCCAACUAGUGAUCGCUGAGUUGAGUUGCAACUGCCCCUUUCAAACUACUUGGUUAAUCGUGCCACCACUGCUACUACAAACAAAAUUGCAACUUCCCGCUUUGUGAACCGAUUGUGUUGUUCACCAAGUUGUUGCUCACCACUAUUUACAACAACAUAAUUUGCUUACAAAAAGGAAUCGGACAUCAGUGACACAAUCCUUCACUCCUUUCAGCAUAAAUUUUACUAUAUUGCGCCCGUGACAAACAAUUUGUUGCAAUGCGACUUUAGGCAUUAAAAAUUAAUCAUGACUAGUGUGGAACGCGCGACUGGUCAAGUAUUAAUUUUACUCGUCGCCCAGGCUUACUGCCUACAUUUGAGUAGCUUGAAUGAAAAACUUGAAUGAAAAAAAUGGUCAAGCAAGAAGGAGGAAUGUUUGUAAAUUUACUUUAUUUUGCACCGAUCUCUUUGACUGUGUUCCCCCUUUUUUUGGCUUACUAUUUUUGCUGCUUCAAUCCUGGAUCUGCCACUGCCACACGCACCCUGCUGACCAAGCAAGUCCUUCUUGCUGUAUAUAUAUACAAAGCUCCAAUGUAAGCUGUUUUGUAAGAUCAGUUCCAUAAUGCUGGAUUUUAACUCAAUUAGUUUGUUUUAUUUUCUCAACAAGGAGAUAUAGAACUCCACCAAAACCACCAUCUGAAAGAAAAUGUGAUUCUUUAAGGUGAUACUGGACAGGGCUAUAGACAUGAUUAUACUGGGUCUGUUGGUGGUCAAUGGAAUUACAACCUCUAAACCAUGUUACUGCAUGCGUGCCUACCGUUACAUUAUAAUGUCCCCUGGUCAUUGCCUUGGUGCCCUUGAAACGCUCCAUAAAAAAUGAACAAUUUCCUCAAAGGGUGCCCUUUACCAAGGAGAAAAUGUCUUGGUGCCCUUGCGCUUUCAAAAAAUGAAGCAUACAGGCCUGAAAGUCUGCUAUAUUUCCAUACAUAUAUACUUUCCAAGAAUUACUGAACGGACACUUUACCAAGUUCAUAAAAUAUUAAAAUCAUUUGGUCUUAUAAAAAAUGUUUAUGGCCCAGUUUUUAAGAAAAAAAACCUGGAGUGCAGGCGAGAUUGAUGUUGAAGUUCAAGCCCCAACAAUGUGUCUUAAUUUGUAAAUUGUAUAUAACGAUUCCGAUACAAAAAAAUAAGAAGAAAUUGUGUACACUUUCUUGAGUAACUCAAAUUUCCUUGAAUGCACUAGUGGAAAACAACUUGUGUUGAUUCCUAACUCAACAAGCAGAUUUUUGGGUAUUUGGUUACACUUCAACCUGUAACCUUUGGUUGAACAAGAUACUAAGAUUUAUAUUCAAAAUGAUGUGUUGAUUUUAUCAUAUACAUUGUAUAAUGGUUUGUAUUACGACAUCACACUUCAAUAAGUCCCAAGUUGAUCUGGUGAAAGCAAAGUCCGACUUUAUUUUAUAGUUCAUAAGGGAGAAAAAACACUUGUUUAGCACCGUUUUUGUUCAUCCGUAAUACUUUAAAGCUUCUGCAUAUGUAGUAACGGCUGCCGACUUGGCAACCGCCCCAGUAAAGGCCCGGUCCCACUGCAGCGAUAAAGAGAGCGAGAACGACGCAAAGAUAACGCGUUCUAUCGGUUGAAUGAGCGUGUGCGUAUUCUGCGUGGAGCAAUUCAACCAUCGUGAUCAUGAUCGUUAUCGUGAUCGUUAUCGUUAUCGCUGCAGUGGGACCGGGCCUUAACCAUCACAAGAGGGCAGUUUAACUAAUUAUCAUGUAACAAAGACUAAUCUUAAUCUUUGUGAAGUGAAGGCCUGGCCCUUUUACUGUACCAUUCAAUGUGUUAAUCAUGACUUAGAUUUGUUUUUUUUCAUUAUGAAUUUUAGUAAGAAAUAUCACUAAGCAUAUUAAUUAGUAUUAACAACAAAAUCAGGAAACAAAGUAAUAAAUUCUUCAACCAAUCCUUUCAUUUAUAAAAUAAAAUGUGUAAUCAACAUCAUUAAAUUACUAAAUAAUGCUAAAUAGUAGCUUUAACUACUACACUGUAGUCUAACUUGUAACAAAUUAUGUGUACUACACUUUCUUGAUGUUUGAUUUGUUUUUUUAGGUAAACAAAAUAAUUUCCCUCAUGUACAUCAGCUCAUAAAUUGGUGUAGCGAUAAGUAGUCUUGUUUUCUGUGUUAUUUAGGACUUUCUGUUUCAGUCUUUGUUUGUUUUAUUCAUGAUCAUCAUUUGAAUGAAGACGUUGCAGUUUAUUGUCCCCAACCACUAACGGUGAGGUUUUUUAUUAGACACUGCUUAUUGCGACAGUUAUAGUGAAAACCCAGGUAAAUGCAGCAAAAUGCAAUGGAGUGUGCUGUGAGACUUCAAUGCUAAUGAACAUGUAAAGGCCAAGUAAGAUGCUGAAUGCUGCACAGUGCAACCCAGUAUAGGACUUGGGUUGACUGAUAACUGCAACAUAAAACAACUAAAUUUUCCCCGUUGCAUUUUGUUGCUUAACAGGUUCAGGAUGCACUUUGUUUUAGUUACAGUUUUGUUUGAAAGCUUUUCGCUGAAUCUAAUCCCGUAGGAAAGGCCUUACCUUUCAGUAAGAACACCCUCUAGAUUGUGUUUGGUGAUUGUUCAAAGUUGAUUAUUAAGUUUGUAAAAAAAAAAAAAAAAAA